CCUUCGCCCUGAGAGAGCUUAUAGCCAUGUACCCACAUAUGCUGUCUGGCGGCCAUUUUGUCCCCAACUGCGUCCCCCGCCGAGAAACCGCCAUCUUGAUACCGUUCCGGAACCGCUGCCCCCACCUCAAUCAGCUACUUCCGGUGCUCAUUCCAAUGCUGAUGCGGCAGAAUAUUGAUUUCACAUUAUUUAUCAUUGAACAGGUGUCUGACGGAAAGUUCAACAAAGGUCUGAUGUACAACGCCGGCUACCUGGAGGCGCUAAAGCUGGACACCUACGGCUGUUUCAUCCUGCAUGACGUCGACAUGAUCCCCCUGGACGACAGGAACCUGUACAGGUGCCUGCAGGCAGGUCCAGUCCAUUUCUCGCCCUCCAUCAGCAAAUAUGGCUUCAGAAACCUGUACGGGUCAAUAUUUGGGGGCGUGGUCGCCUUCACCAGACGUCACUUCCGUCAAGUCAACGGUUUCUCUAACAUCUACUUUGGGUGGGGCGCGGAGGACGAUGACCUCAGGGAAAGAGCAGUGAAGAAAAAUCUGCCCUUACACCGGAAGAACACGACGGUGGGCGUGUACCAUAUGCCAUCACACGGGGUGGACAAGGGCUGGGAGGUCAACAGUGCCAGGCGGUUGAGCCUAGGCAUGACCAAGGCGAGGCAACAUCUUGACGGUCUGAACUCCGCCAUAUACAACGUGACUAAGGUCACAAAGUUUCAUCUUUUUACCUGGAUUAGCGUCAGCUUCAGUGAGGAGAAGGUCUUAGCGACAGUGCCAGAUUAUCUACAACGAGGGGAGAAAGAAGCUUACACACAAGAACAGUCGCCGUUUAUAGUCGUCGACUGACAUUAGUCACUGUCAUCGAUUGACAUCUGUCGCUGUCAUCAACUGACACAUGUCGCUGUCAUGGACUGAUAGCUAUCGCAGUCAAAUGUUAAAGUCAUCUAACGUGUUUUAUGUGACAGCUGACACAUACAGGUGUCACAAAUGUGAUCAACUGACACCUGUCAAUGUCACAAACUAAAAGGUCUUGUAGGCGAACAAAUGGAUGCAAGUCAAGAAAUAUUUCCAUGUCAAAUAAAUUGUGUGAUAAUAAACUUUGUGAAAUAAAUGGUGUGAAAC